AUGGGGUUGAGGGGCCCCUGCAGCAGUGCCCUGCAGCCCCUGUCUCUCCUGGUGUGGGCUGCAGUGCUGGCUGUGGGCCUGGGCCUGGGCACCCUGCCCGCCUUCCUACCCUGUGAGUUCCGGGACCCAGGCCUGGUGAACUGCAACUGGCUGUUUCUGAAGUCCGUGCCCCGCUUCAAGGCAGCAUCCCGAAACAACAUCACCAGCCUGUCCUUGCUCUCCAACCGUAUCCACCACCUGCACGACUCUGACUUCGCCCACCUGCCCAACCUGCGGAGACUCAACCUCAAGUGGAACUGUCCGCCAGCCGGCCUCAGCCCCAUGCACUUCCCCUGCCACAUGACCAUCGAGCGCAACACCUUCCUGGCCGUGCCCACCCUGGAGGAGCUGAACCUGAGCUACAACGGCAUCAGCACCGUGCCCGCCCUGCCCAGCUCCCUGGUGUUCCUGUCCUUAAGCCGCACCAACAUCCUGACGCUGGGCCCUGCCAGCCUCGCUGGCCUGCACUCCCUGCGCUUCUUAUUCAUAGACGGCAACUGCUACUACAAGAAUCCCUGCGGACGGGCGCUGGAGGUGGCCCCAGGUGCCCUCGCCAACCUGAGCAACCUCACCUGCCUGUCGCUCAAGUACAACAACCUCACGGCGGUGCCCCAAAACCUGCCCCCCAGCCUGGAGUAUCUGCUGUUGUCCUACAACCACAUUGUCAAGCUAGCGCCUCAGGACCUGGCCAACCUGACGGCCUUGCGUGUGCUGGAUGUGGGCGGGAACUGCCGCCGCUGUGACCACGCCCGCAACCCCUGCGUGGAAUGCCCUCUUGGCUUCCCCCAGCUGCACCCCUACACCUUCAGCCACCUGAGCCACCUCGAAGGCCUGGUGCUGAAGGACAAUUCCCUCUACAGCCUGAACGCCACGUGGUUCCAUGGCCUGGACAACCUCACCACGCUGGACCUGAGCGAGAACUUCCUCUAUGACUGUAUCAACAAAACCACAGCCUUCCGAAGCCUGGCACGGCUGCGCAAGCUCAACCUGGCCUUCAAUUACCAGAAGGGGAUGUCCAUUUCCCAUCUGCAUCUGGCCCCCUCCUUCGGGAACCUGACCUCGCUGCAGGAGCUGGACAUGCACGGCAUCUUCUUCCACUCGCUCAGCAAGACCACGCUCCAGCUGCUGGCCCGCCUGCCCAGCCUCCAGACGCUGCACCUGGAGAUGAACUUCAUCACCCAGGCCCCACUCAGCGUCUUCGGGAACUUCUCUAGCCUGCGCUUUGUGGACCUGUCAAACAACCGCAUCAGUGGGGUCUCAAAGAGGAAGCCGGCAGCCGCCACUGGGGAGGCAGACAGUAAGGAGGUCUGGGUGCAGUCUCAGGACUUCGCCCCAGCUCCACUAGAGGCCCCUCGAUCUAAGGACUUUAUGCAAAACUGCAGUAAAUCCAGCUUCACCUUGGACCUCUCGCGGAACACGCUGGUGACAGUCCGGCCAGAGAUGUUUGAGGGGCUCGCACACCUGCAGUGCCUACGCCUGAGCUAUAACUGCAUCGCGCAGACACCCAGCGGCAAGGAGUUCAGGCCACUGCAAAGCCUACGGGUGCUGGACCUGUCCCAUAACAAGCUGGACCUGUACAACGAACACUCAUUCACGGAGCUGCCUUGCCUGGAGGCCCUGGACCUCAGCUACAACAGCCAGCCCUUCGGCAUGCAGGGCGUAGGCCACAACUUCAGCUUUGUGGCCCGGCUACGCAACCUGAGCAACCUCAGCCUGGCGCACAACAAUAUCCACAGCCGCGUGUCCCCGAGGCUCUGCAGCACCUCACUGCAGAACCUGGACUUCAGCGGGAAUUCCCUGAGCCGCAUGUGGGCUGAGGGCGACCUCUACCUCAACUUCUUCCACGACUUGACCAAUCUGUGCCAGCUGGACCUGUCCCAGAAUAACCUGCACACCCUCCUGCCCCGCACCCUGGCCAGACUCCCCAAGGGGCUGCAGCGGCUCUAUCUCCGUGACAACUACCUUGCCUUCUUCAACUGGAGCAGCCUGGCCUUCCUGUCGGAACUGCAAGAGCUGGACCUGGCGGGGAACCAGCUGAAGGCCCUGGCCAACGGCAGCCUGCCUAACGGCACCAAGCUCCACACACUGGACCUCAGCAGCAACAGCAUCAGCUUCGUGGUCCCCGGCUUCUUUGCUCUGGCUCAGAACCUGCAAGUGCUCAACCUUAGCGACAACUUCCUCAUGACCAUAGAGCCCUCCUGGUUUGGGUCCCUGGCGAAUAACCUGAAAAUCCUGGAUGUGACCGCCAACCCUCUGCACUGCGCCUGCGGGGCGGUCUUUGUGGACUUCCUGCUGGAGUUGCAGAACAAGGUGCCUGGCCUGCCUGGCCGCGUGAGCUGCGGCGGUCCCGGCCAGCUGCAGGGUCGCAGCAUCUUCCAGCAGGAUCUGCGCCUCUGCCUGGACGAGGCCCUCUCCUGGGACUGCUUUGGCCUAUCGCUGCUGGUAGUGGCCCUGGGCCUGGUCGUGCCUGUGCUGCACCACCUCUGCGGCUGGGACCUCUGGUACUGCUUCUACCUGUGCCAGGCCUGGCUUCCCCGGUGGGGGUUGCGAGGGGCUGAUGCCCUGCCCUAUGACGCCUUCGUGGUCUUCGACAAGGCGCAGAGCGCGGUGGCCGACUGGGUGUACAACGAGCUGCGGGGCCGGUUGGAGGAGCGCCGCGGGCGCCGCGCACUCCGCCUGUGCCUGGAGGAGCGGGACUGGCUACCCGGCAAAACGCUCUUCGAAAACCCCGGGCCGCCGCCCGGCCACAAGACGCUGUUCGUGCUGGCCCACACCGACCGGGUGAGCGGCCUCCUGCGCGCCGGCUUCCUGCUGGCCCAGCAGCGCCUGCUAGAGGACCGCAUGGACGUGGUGGUGCUGGUGAUCCUGCGCCCUGACGCCCGCCGCUCCCGCUACGUGCGGCUGCGCCAGCGCCUCUGCCGCCACAGCGUGCUCCUCUGGCCGCACCAGCCGGGCGGUCAGGGCAGGUUCUGGGCCCAGCUGGGCACGGCCUUGACCAGGGACAACCGCCACUUCUAUAACCAGAACUUCUGCAGGGGACCUGCAGCUGAAUAGCCAGCCCAGUGCUGCACGCCCGGCCUCUCCUGGACGCCACGUCCCACCCUCGCUGGGCAACCGCCCUGCCCCUUACACCUGGGCAGAGCAGGCACUCAAUAAAUACCUCGGAAGGCCACGGCUGACCCUGAGCUCGCUGGAGGUGAGGGCGGGACCAGAGAAGCGAGUUUUCCUGGCCUCUGUGAAUGAGGAGGAGCAGAGGUGGUUUGGGGAGGAUUGCCACGAGAACAGCAGGUCAGAGGGAUGCCAGUAAGGAUGGCUUUGUUCAGGGCAUCUUUCCAGGGGAGCCAGAUGCAGUGCCUGAAUGAUUUCACGCCUUCCCAGAGAGCAGGCGCAGGGUUCUCCCCUCUUCUACCUCCCCCAGAAUGCGAGCAGCAGCUCCCCCCAGCCUCGGUCUCCCCGGUGCCAUAUGCUGGGCUCAGGUAUCUCCCUCCCUCACCUACUGGGCUGGAGAGACCUCGGGGGCAGAGAAUCUGCAGACUUGGUUGUUUCUGGCCUCCGGUGAGGUCCUGAGAGACAGCAGCCUCUCAGGAGAAUGUUCAUUAAGAAGUGAAUGCGGGGACCGGCAGAGAUGGAUUUGUGGCAAGUUCAGAGGAGCAGUGCCCCCUCUGGUGGCCACGCUAUGCUGGGCAGAGAGGCUAGCCCAGGUUGGGGACAGGAAGGCCUAUGGGUGCAUCUGAGCAGGAAGGAGCUGGGAGCCACAGAAGGUCCUAGGGUGAGCUCACAAUCCAUCCCUUUCUGUUUCUACCCAGAGGUGCAUAUGCUGGGUCUCUGAUCUGAUGUCAAAGGGACACCUAGGUGGGCUGCCACUUGGCUGCAAGGAUGGGGGCCCCUUUCUCUGCUCUUGCUUCUCAGAGAUGAUCGCGCUUUGGUGCAAUCUGGAGUUGUCACGUCUGGACAGGAUGGAGUAUGUGUGUGUUGUGUGUGUGUGUGUGUGUUUUCGUUGUACAGUGUAGACUUCAGGACACAGCUGGGGCCUGAGGACCAAUGUUUGAAGACCCCAAGUGUGUGUGUAGAGUCACAGGUAGCAUGAGGCCUAGAGUCCUGGGCUGGCUGCCUGCACCAACACCACAACCACCCCGCCCUUCCAGGACCAGUGGGCAGACGUGCAGCCUGGG